UCUACAUUUCUUGAAAACAACUGGAACCUCUAAAAAAAUGGCUCUAAUCUGCAAUCUUUCUCGUAGUACUUCGAAAUUUCUUAAUAAAUUUGCAUAUUCGGUAAAGAAGAAACCCUGUUGGAUUGCCCGUGGAGCUACCGCUCGUCAAAAUUGGAGCAUAAAUCCGGAACCCUCGGAAUAUCAAAAUAAACACCUUUUUCGGGUUGAUCAUAAGUUUCCCAUCAACUACGAAAACAAACUAGAGGAACUACGACACUUACUCAUGAAGCCGACACUUACUCAAGAAGAUCCGAUGGAAAGUUUGAUCUUGGUUGAUGCGAUCCAACGGUCAGGAAUUGGCCACCAUUAUCGAGAGGAGAUUCACACGAUUCUCACACACUACUACACGAAAAACCCCAGAGAUAGCAGUAGUAGUACUAUUCACGAUGCUGCGCUUUCUUUCCGUUUAUUAAGACAACAAGGAUGCCACGUUUCUGCAGAAGUGUUUAAUAAUUUCAAGGGGAAGUUCAGAGGAGAAGUAAGACAAGAUAUCACGGGAUUGUUGGAACUGUACGAAGCUACACAGUUGGGUUUCGAAGGAGAAAACAUACUCGUCGAAGCAGAAGAUUUCAGCAGCAAGCUUCUCCACAAAUGCACGCAAGAAACAGAGUACAGCAAAUGGUCUCGACAUAUUAACACGAGACUAAAGCACCCUUGUCACAAGAGCAUAACAAGAUUCACAGAAACGAACAACUUCCUAGUAAGAUCAGAUCUACGUGGCAGCGGCGUAAAUAGAUGGGAGAAACCAUUAAUGGAGCUAGCUGAAGUUGAACUGCUCUUGGCAAAACCUAUAUACCAAGAGGAACUUCUCCAAGUUCACAAGUGGUGGGAUGGUCUAGGAUUAACAACGGAGCUAAAGUUAGCAAGAAAUCAGCCAAUAAAAUGGUACACAUGGUCGAUGACUGGACUGAUAAAUGAUAUCCGAUUGUCGAAGCAGAGAAUCGAGCUUACAAAGUCCAUAGCUUUUAUUUACUUGAUAGACGACAUUUUCGAUCUUUACGGCACACCAGAUGAGCUGGCUAUCUUCACAGAAGCUGUAGACAAAUGGGACUAUGCUGCAAUAGAUAUGCUGCCUGAGUACAUGAAGAUGAGCUACAAGGCCCUUCUCGAUACCACAAACGAGAUAGCCCGUAUGAUCUUUGAAAAGCAUGGACACAACCCUAUUAAUACCCUAAAAGAAACGUGGGCAAGUUUGUGCAAGGCUUUUUCAGUAGAAGCAAAGUGGUUUGCCGGUGGGGAUUUGCCGAGGGCAGAAGAGUAUUUAGCCAACGGCAAAGUAAGCUCGGGGGUGCAUGUAGCGUUGGUUCACUUAUUCUAUAUUUUGGGUCUUGGUGGGACCCAAAAUCAAGGUGCAAUCCUUCUAGAAGAAAACUCGACACUCAUAUCAAGUGUAGCUGCAAUUCUUCGUCUUUCGGACGAUUUGGGGAGUGCCAAGGAUGAGCAACAAAACGGGAAGGAUGGCUCAUACGUAGAGUACUACAUGAGAGAUAACCAUGGUUUAUCGUUCAAGCAAGCGCUCGAGCAUGUAAUAAACAUGAUAGCAAGUGAGUGGAGGCUUCUUAACAAGGAAUGUUUCGAUGUAAAUCACUACUCCCCAACAUUGUCAUUUUAUCGAGAAGCUUGUCUUAAUCUUGCAAGAAUGGUGUCCCUCAUGUAUAGUUACGACGACAAUCAGAGACUUCCGGUACUCGAGGAAUAUGUCGAUUUUAUGUUGCUAAAGCCAAAAUCCAUCGAACAAAUAAAGAGCUAGUUUUAUUGGAUUUUCCUUAUGUUCUGGUGAACUUAUUGCGUAAUUUAAUUAUUCAACAGUCGAGAGAUUGAUUGGUUUGAGAUCAAAUAUAAAUAGCAACUAUGUUUGAAAAUGUAUAAAGCGGUUGUUUGUAUGCAAUAAUAUAACUAAAUAUAGCACUAAUGAUGUAAGAAAUAAGUAAAGAAUAAAGAUGUGUAAUUAUUGAACCAUGAUUUCACAACCAUUUCAAGAUUACA